CUGACUGUCAGAAACAUAAUUUUAGUUGUCAAUCGUUUCUCGUACUAACGAUUGAUUUGUUUAGCAGAUUUGAUUAUCAGUGUAAUUUUAUAUUCGGUUGCAUUUAAAGUGGGCGGAUACGUGUAUUUUUGUUUACUAAAAAAAAUUACAUUGUGGUUAAUGUAAAGGUGAAAAAUAAAAUUGAAAGGUGGUGCGUUGAGUUUUGUGUACACGUUAGAGAAGUGGUCGGAUGACAGUGAUGGUGAAAAGAUGGUAUCGCUCCAGAAGAUACCAGUUCGUGAUAUUCGUCGUGAUUGUUUUUUGUUUUAUAUAUUACAUCAGUCUGAACGACAGCCUCCAUAGGGAGCCAGACCUCGACAUCACCAGAAGCUCUGUCGCACAGUUUACAAGUCGCACGGUAGCGGGUAAUAAUACAAUGACUGAACCAAACAAUAUUAAUGACAGAAAUUCAGUGAUUGAAUACAUUGAGAAUCGUCUUCAAGAGUCUUUGAAGGAGGACAAAGGGACAGGAUGUGAUAUACCCCAUCUAGACCCGUUCGCUAAAGAGGUGACUCAGUUCGACAAGGUGCUGCCCAAAGUGGUCUGCGAUGGCCGGGAUUGGGUAAAAUGUUAUCUAUCAGAAUGCAAAGUUGUCCCGGAAAUCCUGGCGACGACCAGGGACAUAGUGUGCACGUACUGGGACAUUAUACACAAGAGCGACAAGGAACAUUAUCUGGGAGCCCCGCGGGACGUGAAGGAUGAUGAAGUGUACGUGUUGGAGAAGAGCGAUCAUGUUAAGAUCAAAUGUAUUGGGACACAUUUGAACAGCAUGCUUCAUUCAAAAUGGACGGGUCAUUCUCUGGGUUUCCGUACGACCGUGGUCCGCAAGCCGCCGCCGCCAGGCAGAGAGAAUACGAUCAACAUACUCAUAUUUGGCUUCGAUUCCACGUCCAAGAACGGGUUCAUACGAAGAAUGCCGAAGAGCUACGAGUUUCUCACGAAGGAGUUGGAAGGCAUUGUUUUGCAGGGUUACAACAUCCUUGGCGACGGGACGCCGGCGGCCUUGUUCCCGAUACUGACCGGGAAGAACGAGCUGGAGUUACCUGACGUGAGGAAGAAGAUGAAAAACAACGGCACCAUGGACAUGAUGCCGUUCAUCUUCUACAAGCUGAGAGAUGACGGAUAUCGAACCGCGUACUUCGAGGACAUGCCGUGGAUAGGCACGUUCCAGUACCGCUUCAAUGGGUUCAAGCAUCAACCUGCCGAUCACUACCUGCGCUCGUUCUACCUUGAGGAGUCCAGCAGCGGCAAGAAGUGGUGGAAGGGCGGCUCCAACAACAAGUACUGCAUCGGAGACACUCCUCAGUACAAGAUGAUGAUGAACAUCACUGAGCAGUUCCUAAGUCUGGACGGCAAGAAGUUCUGCUUCACAUUCAUAGCGGACAUCACGCAUGACGACUUCAACAUGAUCUCCACUGCUGACGAGCAUACGGUGGAGUUCCUGCAGGCGCUGAGGGACCAGGGAAGGUUGCGGGAUACCUUGCUGUUCGUCAUGGGCGACCAUGGGCCGAGAUACGCCAAAGUCCGCGAUACACUACAAGGCAAGCUCGAAGAGCGUCUGCCAUUCAUGACGAUCGUCCUCCCUGAGACCCUGCGAAGGUCUAGGCCAGAGGCCCUGGACGCCCUGAAGCAUAAUGCCCACGUGCUGACCACUCCACACGAUAUCCACGCCACUGUCCUCGAUGCUAUGGACCUGCAGAGGUACUGGAACCCUUACAAGGUCAGGGGAGCAGAUCUGGCGCGAGGAUUGACGCUUUUUGAGCCUAUACCAAAGAACAGAUCGUGCAGCGAGGCGGGGAUCGAACCCCACUGGUGCACGUGCCUGCGCUGGCUCAACGUGUCCGACGCCGACCCGCUCUAUCAUCGCGCCGCACGCGCCGUCGUCGACUACAUCAACUCGCUCACCGAGCCUGUCCGGUCGCUGUGCGCGGUCCGUUCCCUCCUGGAGGUCUCGUGGGAGAGCCGCUGGCGCGCGAACAGUCGGCUGCUGUCGUUCGUGGAGGCGCGCGACGCGGACGGGUACGUGGGGCGGUUCGGCGCGGGGCUGCGGCCUGACAAGGAGCACUGGCAGGUUAAGAUCGCAGUAGGUCCCGGUCGAGGCGUGUACGAAGCUUCCAUGACGUACACGAAGAAAGAAGAUAAGUUCUUGGUGAAUGCGCGGGACAUAUCAAGAACUAACGCAUAUAAUAAUGAACCGAGCUGUAUAAGCGCAACGCAUCCGCACUUAAACAUGUUCUGCUACUGCAACGGAUGAGCGCAACUGUUGCAGCAACACACCACGCAACAACACUACGCAACACACCGGUGAAAGUAGCGACGUAUUAACGAAUUAAAA